AUGGCUUCUUCCACGGCAACAAUUGUUCCGAUCCUGGGCAAAGACAGCAUCGUCGUCGACUAUGGCAUCUGGCCUCACUAUUGCACACACGACCUCGUCAGCAACAUUUCCUCGUCGACGUACAUUCUCAUCUGCGACUCCAAUCUCGCAAAACUCGACUACGUUCCCGCUUUCAAAUCCUCGUUUGAGAAUGAACUGAAAAAGCAAGGAAAUACCUCCAGUCGUCUMCUCAUCUACGACAAGAUCCCUCCAGGAGAGACCUCCAAAUCCAGACAAACAAAGGCCGAUAUUGAAGACUGGUUGCUCGCACAGGGAUGUACGCGAGACACGGUCAUCCUCGCUCUCGGAGGUGGAGUCAUGGGAGAUUUGUUAGGAUUCGUGGCGGCGACGUACAUGCGCGGAGUGCGCUUCGUACAAAUCCCCACUUCCUUGCUCGCAAUGGUGGAUAGCAGUAUUGGUGGCAAGACUGCGAUUGACACACCUCUGGGAAAGAAUUUGAUUGGGAGUUUCUGGCAGCCGGAGAGGAUAUACAUUGACUUGCAAUUCUUGGAGACUCUACCCAAGAGGCAGGUGUGUAAUGGAAUGGCGGAAGUGGUCAAGACGGCGGCGAUCUGGGAUGAGAGUGAAUUUGAGAGAUUGGAGGCUGGAGCGGAGGUCAUCAUGGCGGCAUUGGAGAGACCUUUGGGAAAGGGCAGGUUCGAGGGCAUUGAGGAUGUUUUCAAGCGGAUUGUGCUGGGGAGUGCGAGGGUCAAGGCUGAGGUGGUCAGUUCUGAUGAGAGGGAGGGUGGGUUGAGGAAUCUGCUCAAUUUCGGCCAUUCGAUUGGACAUGCUUAUGAAGCCAUCUGGACUCCGGAGAUUCUGCAUGGAGAGGCUGUGGCGGUGGGUAUGGUCAAGGAGGCCGAGUUGGCCAGAUACCUUGGCGUUCUUCCCCCGGGAGCGGUGGCAAGAUUGACCAAGUGCAUCGCGAGCUAUGGACUCCCCACCGCUGUCAACGACAAGCUCAUCCUCAAACAGACGGAUAAGGUUUGUCUUGCGGAUGAACUCCUUCGAAGAAUGGCGGUCGACAAGAAGAAUGCCGGAUCGAAGAAGAAGAUUGUCCUCCUCUCCUCGAUUGGAAAGUGUUACGAACCUCAAGCCACGCAAGUCGCCGACAAGGACAUUCGCAUUGUGCUCUGCCCUUCAAUCCGCGUCAUUCCUGAAGUCUCUCCCUCAUUGAACGUGGUAUGCAAACCUCCCGGUAGCAAAUCCAUCUYCAACCGCGUCCUUCUCCUCGCAGCUUUGGGAUCCGGCACCUGUAAAAUCAGCAACCUCCUCCAUUCAGACGACACGCAAUUCAUGCUUUCCGCCAUUGCAGCUCUCGGAGGUGCAACCUACACUUGGGAAGAUUCCGGCAGCGUUCUCGUCUUGAAUGGGAACGGAGGAGCCUUGAAAGCCACUUCAGAGGAAAUAUACAUUGGCAAUGCAGGGACUGCUUCCCGAUUCCUUACCACAGCCCUCUCUCUCGCUUCGCCGAAAGGGAGCGCAAAGCACACUAUUCUGACGGGAAAUGCAAGGAUGCAAGAACGUCCUCAAGGUCCUCUGGUCGAUGCACUCCGCUCGAAUGGGGUAGAGAUUGAAUACCUUGGUAAAGAAGGAAGUCAAUCUCUCCCACUCCGCAUUCCCGCUAACGGCGGUUUCGAGGGAGGCGAGAUUGAGCUCACAGCCAAGGUCUCCUCGCAAUACGUCUCCAGCAUACUAAUGUGUGCCCCUUAUGCCAAAAAGCCAGUGACCUUGAAAUUGGUGGGAGGUAAAGUGAUCAGUCAAUUAUACAUUGACAUGACAAUCUCCAUGAUGGCGGAUUUCGGAGUGCAUGUCACUCGCAGCAAGACCGAAGAGAAUGUCUACCAUAUUCCAAAAGGAGCUUACCAGAAUCCCGGAGAGUACGAAGUCGAGAGUGAUGCGAGCAGUGCGACGUACCCACUUGCUAUUGCCGCCAUCACAGGGACGAAAUGCACUGUGCCGAAUAUCGGAUCUGCUUCUCUGCAAGGCGAUGCUCGUUUCGCUGUGGAUGUUCUCAAGCCGAUGGGUUGUGAGGUCGUGCAGACCAAGAGUAGCACGACUGUUACUGGACCAAAAGUAGGAGGCUUGAAAGGUCUGAAGGAAGUUGAUAUGGAACCUAUGACGGACGCCUUUCUCACCGCGAGUGUGCUUGCUGCUGUUGCGCAGGGUACGACGCGGAUUGUGGGAAUUGCGAAUCAGAGGGAGAAGGAGUGUAAUCGUAUCAAGGCUAUGAAGGAUGAGUUGGAGAAGUUCGGAGUCACCUGUCGAGAGCUCGACGAUGGAAUUGAGAUCGACGGCGUGGGAGUGGAGGGACUACGACCUGUGCAGGGAGAAAUCCAUUCCUAUGACGACCAUCGGGUCGCAAUGUCUUUCUCCGUCUUGGCGACCGUUGCGCCUCAAGGAACGACCAUCGGAGAGAGGGAGUGCACGGGAAAGACCUGGCCUGGAUGGUGGGAUGUUCUCCGCUCGACUUUUGGCGUGCAGCUUGAAGGUGUUGAGGAGGCGCAACCCCAUACCAAUGGUGCUGUCGUCAACGGCCACGCGGGAAAGACGAAGGAGGUCAAGAAAUCCAUCUUCAUCAUCGGAAUGCGUGGAGCCGGAAAGACAACUACUGGAGGWUGGGCGAGUCGAAUUCUAGGCUGGCCUUUUGUGGAUAUGGAUUCCGAGCUUGAAGACCAAGAAGGCAUGACGAUCCCAGAAAUGCUCAAGGAUAACGACUGGGCUGGUUUCCGGCAAAAGGAACUUCAACUUCUCAGGCGUAUGAUGGUUGAGAAGAAGGAUGGCCAUAUCAUCGCCACGGGAGGCGGGAUUGUCGAAACACCUGAAGCUCGAGCUCUCUUGAAGGAAUGGCAGAAGGAUGGUAUGGUGUUGUAUGUGACGAGGGACAUCAAGACGAUUAUCGACUUUCUCAACAUCGACAAGACACGCCCGGCGUAUGUGGAAGACAUGAUGGGCGUGUAUUUGAGGAGGAAGCCUUGGUUUGAGGAAUGCAGUAACCUUCACUAUCACUCGCAAGCGGUGGACGAGAGUACCGCUAUUGCGGGGUGGACAUCCCCAUUGGAUGAUUUUGAGCGGUUCCUCAAGACGAUGACUGGGAGAAGUGGAGCUUUGGAGAAGAUUCAGGAGAGGAGGGAGAGUUUUUUCGUCGGUUUGACUUCCCCUACCAUUGAAGGCUUGCUCCCAAUUCUACCRGAAGUCACUGUGGGAAGCGAUGCGAUUGAACUCCGGGUCGACUUACUCGUGGAUCCCAGUUCGACGAACGGCCUUCUCGGACCAGAGUUCCUCCAAGAGCAGAUCGCUCUCUUGCGCUCCUCGUCCCGAUUACCAUUAAUCUUCACUCUGAGAUCCGUGUCCCAGGGUGGGAAGUUUCCGGAUGAGGAAGUCAAGAGAGCUGUGGAACUUUAUGGUGUUGGGUUGAGGAUGGGAUUCGAUUUUGUGGAUCUCGAACUCACCGCCCACAAGGAAGUGAAGGAGUAUGUGUUUAACCAUCGCAGGAUGUGUACUAUCAUUGCCUCCCAUCAUGAUCCAAAGGCACAACUUUCCUGGGCCAAUGGAGCGGAGGAGUGGAAGAAGCAUUUCGACCAAGCCAGAGCGUUUGGAGAUAUCGUCAAGUUGAUUGGCGUUGCGAAGACCGUGGAGGACAACACCCAUCUCGCCAACUUCAGGAUUUGGGCCAAGACACAGCAUCCGGAGGUCCCGCUCAUCGCAAUCAACAUGGGCGAACUAGGCAAGAUGUCGAGAGUGAUGAAUGGUUUCAUGACGCCCGUCAGUCACCCAUCAUUGCCUUCCAAAGCUGCUCCAGGACAGGUGUCUGCAAAGGAAAUUCGAACAGUACUCGGACUCACAGGAGGGAUCACCCCGAAGAAAUUCUAUCUUUUUGGAAAACCAAUCCAACAUUCUCGUAGUCCUGCUCUACAGAACACCUUGUUCCGGGAAACGGGAUUUCCGCAUUCCUAUGAACUCUUGGAGACGGAUAACGUCAAAGACAUGGAGAAGAUCAUCCGAAGCGAGGAUUUUGGAGGAGCGAGUGUGACGAUUCCGUUGAAGCAGGAUGUCGUGCCACUUCUCGAUGAAAUUGAUGAAGCGGCACAGACCAUCGGAGCGGUGAACACCAUCGUUCCCAUACAGGGUGUGAAUGGCAAAACAGUGCUAAGGGGACACAACACCGACUGGCAAGGCAUCGUCCUCUCCCUCCGCAAUGCCGGCGCCAAUCCUUCCUCUUCCUCUGGCGGAAAGAAGCAAGAAGCGGGAGUUGUGAUUGGCGGAGGAGGAACCGCUCGAGCGGCGAUUCAUGCUUUGCGAGAAAUGGGAUACAGUCCCAUCUAUCUCGUGGGACGCAACAAGGCCAAACUGGAGAAGUUGACGGAGAGUUUUGAUCAGAGUUAUGGGAUUCAGCUCAUUGCCAGCGAAGCCGACGCCAAAGCCAUCCCUAAGCAACCCGUAGUGGCUGUGGGGACUAUUCCUGGGGAUUUACCUAUUGAUGCUGGAUUGGAAGGAAUAUUAAAGGUUCUUUGCYCUCCUGCUACAUCAUCCUCCAAGACGAACGGAGUGGCCAAUGGAAUCCAGGAGCAGAAGAUCAUGUUGGAGAUGGCUUAUAAACCCGCCGUGACGCCUUUGGUGGAGAUUUUCAGGAAUUCUGGUGGUGGUGGUGGUGGUGGAGGGGGAGAGUGGAAGACUGUGGCGGGGUUGGAACCGCUUGUGGGACAAGGUGUGCAUCAGUUUCGGUUGUGGAUGGGGAUGAUGCCGCUUUUGGGGAGGGCUAGGAGUGCUGUUAUGGGUGAGGAGAAGUAA